AAUAAUCAGCCAGGUAUCUCUGCUUUUUAAAAAAAGCAUAAAACCAAUAUUGGUAUAUAAACAGUUACACAACCUACAUGUAACUUCAUAAAACACCUAUUGAGAAUGUUACAUCGGCAGAAUGAAUUUAAAAAAAGAUAAAGUACUUCAAAUUCAGAUAUAAACGUUAUAUUUGUUCGGAAUAGUAAUAAUUUUUUUCUCUGCCAAAGAAAGAAAACAAAAAAGAAGUUCGCCUAUAUAUAGCCCGUAUACUUUUAUUUUUCCGUGAUCCGGAUCGCGGGCCUCGCGGGGUUUUCUGAAAGUGUGCACAGAGAACACACGUGUUUCCGUUUCAACGAAAACAACACAGCUUCACCGUGAUUGUCACAGCGAUCGCUUGUAUUUUACAUCUUUAAAACGACCUGAUGUCAGAAGAAGAAGAUGCCCUGGAUCUCCUGUUGCAGGAUGACCCAAACGAUCAUGCAUUUAGUAUAAAUACGUACAUGGUAUUGACAUCCCAAUAUUUAGUGGGAAGUUCCCAGGUAUCAUCCACUAGCGACAGUCUACUGGCAAAUCCAGACAUGCAUUGGAAGGAUGCUGAUGUGGAGGACACAGGGACACCUGAUCCAAGAACUGUGUCAUUUCAUUCGGGGUGACAACCUGGCUUUCAGUUGAUAUGGGACCCUAUUACGGUAUUCGGAGAACUGCAGAUUUUAUGAAGCUGUCUUUGACAGAAGAUUUGGUUUUCUCCAUUUGUGUUGCCACCAACCAUUAUGCUGAGAUGGUCAUAUCUACGGGGGAGGGUUGCCAUAUACUUCCCAAGGAAGUUUGCAGCCUCUCACUGAAGAGGAACUGUACAGAUUUUUGUGCAUUAUCUUAUAUAUGCCUGCUGUGAAGUUCCAGUCGAUAGACAGAUAUUGGUCAACGCAUGCCACUGUCGGAACAACUCAUUAUCAAGAAUUAUGUCUAGAAAUAGGUUUCAAGAGGUUGAAUAUAAGAACAUUUUUGUUAAAUAUGAUGCAAGUACAUUUAAAUCUAGUGAUUGAAAGUAAGUACUUGAACAUUCGUAUAUGUUGAACUUGGAGAGGAAAAAUGGUUAGUACUUUUUUAUAACAUUUGAUAAGAUGUUGUUGCUGAGCAACCAAAUAUAAUUGAAUAAAAAAAUAAAUUAUUUUAGAUUAACAGUAAUUGAAAGAUCUUUGUUUUAAUGUUGCAAUACUUAUUCUAUUUAAUGGAACAUAAUGGCAAAACGUCAUAUUAUUAGAAAAUGAUGGACAAGUAUAUAAAGUACGAAGUUUCCAUUUGAUGUCCUUUGACCUUAAUUCUCUUCAUCAUAUUUUUGUUAAAAACCUUUUAAAAUGAUUUUAAAAGAUCUAUUUAAAGAUUAUAUUUUUAGAAUAAUGUGACAUUUACUAAUCAUCAUGGAAUGUAAUUACGUUUAAAUUGUGUCGAAUGGAUGCAGAAAGGCAAAUUAUGGUCAAAAUUGUACUAUGAGUGUUGUUACUUAGCAACCAAAAUUAUUUGUUUGUCAGUAAAAUUGAUUAGUUUGAUUGUGUUGUUAUUGUAGUAUUUUAACAGGCACAUUAGCUCAUACAUUUAGAAUUUCCUAUUUUUGACUCUAAUCUAGUGAGAGGGGUCGUAAUAUAUAUAUUUCAGAGAGAAAAGAUUGCAAAAAUGUGCACUUAUAUGACCUUUGACCCCGUAGACCUCUUUGAGGUCAUGGGAUACAUUGACAACUUUUAUAAGAAAUUGUUCCCUGUCCAAUUCCUAACAAAAUUAUAUGUUGUAUGCCUACUCCAAAUCGUGAUCCAUGCAGAUUUAAAUCGAUUUAAAAAUACUGUCAUUUAGUCUUUAAAAACCUCCAAAAUGUGCCGGUAGAGAAAGGGUUAAGCAACGGGAGCGUGAUCAGCACUUGGCUGGAUGACCAAUUGGUGGCAGCGUAGUGACUCUGGUGUUUGGCGGGAGGCCUGCUUCAGAUAAAGUCUCUUUGGAGCCCUGGGUGCGGACGUGGAUUCGUCUGGAGACGACGGUGGUUGCCGUCGGGAACGGCGAUGCUGUUACUGAGCAGGUGCCAAACACUUAGAGAGGACUCACGCUAAGCGCCGGGACGAAGCUUCCCCGAGUGGGGGAAGGUGUAGCGGACAGUAUAAGAGGGAACUUAUACUGAAUCGCUAAAGAGCUAGCUUUUCUAGUGAUGUGGUAGAGUCCCUCUCUUGAUCGCGAAAGUUAAGCAACGGCAAGCGUGAUAAGCACUUGGCUGGGUGACCGCUACACGUUACAGAACAUUUAAAUGAAGAUGGCGAUUAUGACAUUCGUCUGAAACUUCCUUAUAGUGAAUUUAAACAAGCAGAAUAUUACCAUGGGUCGAAAAUCUAGUCAACUGAGUGAGGAAGUUAAACAUUUUAUCGUAACUCUUAAGCUCUCGUACAUUUUCUCGGAGUUGUCCACGUUAACGUACGUUACGACUGUUAGUAAAACAAAAAACUCGCGUUACGUUUACGCCUACGUUUGAGUUUACGACCGAUGUCCGGCGCUUAUGGCCUUUGAGCAGGGAGGGAUCUUUAUCAUGCCACACCUGCUGUGACACGGGACCUCGGUUUUUGCUGUUUCAUCCGAAGGACCGUCCCAUUUAGUCGCCUCUUACGACAAGCAAUGUGUACUGAGGACCUAUUCUAACCCGGAUCACCACGGGAUAUCUAAGAUAGAGCUUUCAUAUUUGGUAUAUAGAUUUCUAAAUGGCGAGAUCUUUCAUUCCAUAAUAUGAUGUAUGACCACGUGAUCUUUGUCUAACCAGAGCAGCAAGGUCGCGUUAGCAUAUUGGUGUUGAUGCAUAUUCGUGUUGUGCGAAUUCAAAUUCAGCUAUGUCAUGAUCCAUUGGGGCUAGGUUAGGGCCACAAUAUGGAGUCAAAAUUGUUUGCACUGGAUAGAAGUGGAUCACCUCUUGCCGCCCUUUGCAUUUUUACUAUAAUUCACACUUGUAGUGUAGUGUACCUAUAUUCUACAUAUAUUUAAUACGAGAUUAAAUUACUCAAAUUAGGCAUGCAAGGUUUAAUGGACCUUGUUGGUUUCCACUGGAAAAUUCCACGCAAGUCUAUGUUACACUGAGGUGUAUAAAAGUGAACAGAUAACAUAAGCAUGGCGGGCAUUUAAACUUUCUGUUUACAGUACUGUGUAUGUACAUAUGUAAUUGUAUAUGCUUCAUAUACAUGUAUGUUCAGUGUUAGGCCCGUUUGGGCCCUAAUUUGGAAAAAAAUCCCAUAAUUAUUGUGACAUAAUAUCGUGUGAAUUACACUGCACCGAGCAUUUAUGUACAGCACUCAAGAAGCCUUACUAAUGUUGCAAAGUCAAAUUCUGAAGAGUUGAUAAUUUCACAGGAGUUGUGAAAGGAAUGAACUGACUGUACUAUUACAUGUACAUCACCUUCAUCAGUUCAUGUUAGAAAUAGAAUUUUAGAGAAAGAAAAAAAGAAGUUUCGUUAAGUUGUAUACGGGUAUAAUAUCAAAUGGAAAGGAUGCCGAUGGAGAGCUGAAAAAAAAUGAAGUAAAUUAAAGGAGAUAUAGAUCUAAAUGUAAUUUUUUUUUUUUUGGGUCAUCUAUUGCAUGAUGCUAUUCCCGUGAAAUACCACUGCGGGGGCAUCCACUCAACACACAGCACAAAGGCCUGUGACGAAAUAUUUGCAUUCUAAUUUCUUUUGCAUUUAUGGUCCUUCCCUCUCUCUAUGAUAUAGACUGUAUACAUGUACAUGCACUACUGGAUAAUAAGGUUGAGAGGGAUUAUAGGCCUAAAAGAAUGCAAAUAUUUCGUGACAGGCCCCUAUGGACUCAGGGACACUCUUCUAACCCGUUUACUCGGGAAUGUAAUUUGUUAAAUUAACUUAAUCGUGAACAUUAAAGAGCACAAGUGCAAUAUAAGAAUACGCACACUCGAGACACUGUCAGUCAGGCAACUCGUCGACCUCGAUUCUCAUCGUGUCGUGCAUGCAUAGUAGGAGUCAUUUGAUUGGCUAGUUUUCGCAAAUUCACCCAAUCAGCGAAAAGAUGACUGAAACCUCGGUUAUUGGGAUGCUUUAGUCACGGUUAGAUGGAUGUUUUCUGUGACAGAUAAACAGAAAAAAUGGCAGUUAGGGGGCUGGUCGUAGAAAAAUUUGGAUCUGCGGAACAGGAUGACGAAUCCACAGAAAAUAUUGACAUGAGCAAUCUAGGUUAUCUGUUUCCAAGAAGCGGUCAUCGAGUGGUGACAGAUGACAGUAACCUUUAUGUACUCGGAGGAUACAAUCCCAAAUUCCUAGACAUUCCCAACACUGAGGACACUUACUAUCCAUUGUUUAAAGAGUUAUGGAAAUUCAACUUUGCCAGAAGAGAGUGGUCACUGGUUCCCACAGAUGGUAACAUGCCGAUAGAGCUGGCAUCACACGCAGUGCUGCGAGCUGGCAGGAACCUGCUCUGUUUCGGAGGGACAGGAGUUCCGUUUGGUUCUAAUAGCAGUAACCAGCUAAAUAUCUGUAAUUUAGACACACUAAAGUGGAGACACAUGAAGUGUUCUGGACAGUGUCCACAGAAGAAAUACGGCCAUACUCUUACAAAAAUCGGAAAACACUUGUAUGUAUGUGGAGGAACAUCAGGGUACACAUACGACCUUCACAUUCACAGACUUGACCUUCAAACUCUGACCUGGGAAGAGUUACCCAUUCAAUCCAACUUUGUCCCGGAGAGCAGGUAUCGACAUGAAGUGGCCAGUGAUGACAAUCGGUUGUUUGUUUUUGGUGGAGGAACUGCAUCUUCAACAUUUGGAUUUGAAUUUGUUCCAGCGUUUCACAUUCCAACCUGUCAGUGGGAGAAUAUAAAGUCCAUUCCAGAUCCCAAGCAUGGUUUUCCAGCUCUAAGAAAAUGUCACAGCUGUGUGAAAUUUAAGCAAGAUGUAUACGUGUGCGGGGGCUUUGACACACACACGAUAUUUGGAGAUAUAUGGAAGUUUUCUCUGCAGACGUACACAUGGACAAAGCUACCAACCUCUCUACAAGUUCCUGUAUAUUUCCAUUCUGCUGAUGUUACACAGGAAGGCUGUAUGUAUGUGUUUGGGGGUGUGUCUAAGAUUGACAAAGUCCGCACAAACUGUUUACAAAGAAUCUGGUUAACCACACCCACUCUACAAGAAAUCUGUUGGGAAAAAAUUGUGUCCUGCCUAGAUGCAGACAACUUAAACAAGACAUCAGUUCUUUCCACAUAUCUUCCUAUGCAAUUUGUCGAAAGGCUUUCUUGACCCGAGACAGACAUAGCCUGCUGUUUACAACUUCCACUGAUGCUAAUCUUUCCAGAAGCAUCACCCAAUCUAAAACUGCCAUAGUCACAUCAGUUGGAAAACUUGUCAAACUCAAAUACUUUAUUGUGCUUCAUGUAGGAUUUCAAAAUGUUCACCAUCUCACUUAAUUUCACCCUGUUUUUUGUAUCAUUUGUGUGGCAUUCUUUGUGUAUAUUGUUAUGGAUUUUAGUUUUGGUAUACAUGUACCAUAUGCAGUUAUGUUUGUUAUUUGAUGUUAACCUUUUGACCUAACUAUUGCAGACCUAUGUUUGUUAGAGAAAGCAAUUUGAUGAUUAAUUAACCUAUGUCAGUGGAUCAUGAUAUAUUUUUAUUUAUACUGUGACUAAUUUUGCUAAUACUAAGUGAGUGACUGUUGUACAAAAACUACAUUUAAUUGUUAAUUUUUUGGUACAAUUUUCAUGAGAUAUGAGAUUUGAACCAAAAAUGAAUGUUGGGUUUGAUUUUAGAGAAAAAAAAUAGUUUAGUAUUACAUGUAUGAUUAAUACAUGUAUAAUGACAAGCUUUGUCCCUUUCUUAUCCCUAUGGGAAUGUGCCUCUGACACUCAUUCUGUCAUAGCUCCUCCCCCACCCCUCCCUGUAGCUUCCUUUGGAAAAUCCUGGAUCUGCUAUUGUAAAGAUUUAAUUGCAAAGUAUAAUGACUGAUUCUAAUGUUAGGGUCUGGUCACAUUGUACUGGAAAUUUAUUCAAGUUGUUUUAGAAAAAGCGAUAGCGUUUUAAUUAACAGAUUUCAUUUUACUUUCUUGGAUAUCUUUGAUUGUUACGGUCAAGUUUAAUUCAAAUUUCAAAACGUUUUGGUAUGUUUGAUUGUAGGCAAGAUUUCUGUUUAUUUGUUUUGAUUGUAGUGUUAAGUCAGUAUACCAUUUACAAAUUAGAAAUCGUCUGCUUUUAGAGCACAGAAAUCCAGUUUUGAAUGGCUAAAUCCGAAUUCUGUAAAUACGGUAAUUUUCGAUAAAUGCAUUAGAAUGAAUCUUUUUUGUAUGUGUUUCUUUGUAUUGCAUUGGUUCAAUUUCUCACAGAAAUAGCACGCAUUUGUAAGGAUAGACCUAGAAAUUCCUGUACUGUUGUCAUUAUUGGGUGUAAAUGACUAUGUUUCUAUAAUCCUGGAGCAAACAAUUUGCUGAUUUUCAUUUCUGACAUUGUAUUCGCACCAAAUAAUUUGACAGAUUGCAUUUACAACUGUGACAUGUACGUAAGGCAGGAAAUUGUUUUGUGAUGUUCAGAUGACUGUAGAAUUCGGGUGUGUUUUUUUUCAGUGUAUAGACAUUGUUGUGUUGUUCCUCAGUCCUGUGUCUCCAUGUUCUAAGUGCAAUUUUUCUCUCAGUGACUUGAACACAUAUCAUGGUUUAGGCUAAAUUUUCAUUUCUUAUUAACCCCAAGGUCUUGAAUGCAUGGUCUGACACAAAAUUUUAAUUCGUUCAGGUCUUCAGAAUUGUUUCACAAAUUGAAGUACAUUAACACCUGACUUUACUAAUGAUGUCCAACAUUAAUAUAUCUCUAGAAUGUUGGACUGUGUUGUUGAUAAUUAAGAAGUAAAUCUCAUUUUUGAAAGUAAGUGAAGCUUUGAACUUCAACACUUUCUGGCGGUAUACUUCAUGAAGUGCUAAGUAACACACUUCAUUGAAGUAUACUGCCGUAAAGCGCCAAAGUUCAUAUUCUCAUGUGUAUUUUCAAGUGAAAUUUAUUUUUUAUAUUUACAUUCUACUUUCAUUUCUGUUGGCAUUCCCAGCCAUUGAAAUAGAUGUACUAUAUUGUUCAAGAUUCAUAUGCACAUUGUUCACAUCUACUUGGAAUGGUCACCAAUGCUCUCAUGGGUGACACAUGUUCAGUUUGUUUAGUUGUGAUUUGUCAGUCUUUUGAUCAGAUGUAAUUAUUAAUUGUUCAGUCUUUGAAAAGAAAUGGAUAUUUCUUUUAAAUUGAGUGCAGGAUUUCACUGAAAAUUUUCUUAAGUGAGAGUUAUGGCUAUAUAUAGACUUUGUCAAUAUUCUGGUUUAACAAUUAAAUUUAGUUUCUGUAUAUGUCAUACAAGAGAAUAAUCCAAGAAAAAUAUGGUAUUAAUUGGUGCAUUAAUGUCUAUAUGUGUAUAUAUAAAUAAAAAAUUAAAUAUACAAGUUUGAUGUACAGAGUCCGAGAGGUAUAUGUUUUAGAUUUAGUACUCCGUUCCUAGUCAGGCUGUAGUGUAGGUUUUACUAUGGAUACACGAUUUGUAUUUUUGUGGAUUUAUUAGAUUGUAUAAUUUUACUGUGUAUCUUGGCAUGUUAUAAGAGAGUGUGUUAUUUACAGUUUGUUUAAUACCUCAUGUUGUGGCAAGUUCACCUUAAUUUCUGGAGAAAGUUUGUGGAAAUAUAAUUGAAUCAGUGUGUUGUCUUUUUAGACUUGCACAGUACUUGGUUUUAUUAGAAAUAGCGGUCCAAAGUGUAAAAUUGAAGUGAUAGACAGAAAUGGGGGUCGACUUGUUCACUUUAGGAUUGUGAUUUUAUGAAUAUGUAUUCUAAUUAGUCAUUGUUGACUCAGCCGAAGCCAGUAGUUUAUUUUAUAACAGUUUAAUCAUGUAUGAAUUGUUCUGUUUUGUUGAUACUGUGUUAUCUUAACACGUGUUUAAAUCCAUGCUCAGUAACUCCUGUUUUAUACAGAAAAUAGAUAUACAAGUGUUUGAUACAUCAUAAACCUGGGUUUUCAUAGAGAACAAAUACUGUACUAGUACUGCUUAUUUUAGUGUAUUUAAGAUUUGGCACUGUCAGAGUUGAUACUCUGUUUGAUGUAACCAUGGUUUCUUCUAUGUAUGAUAUAUGCUAUGGAGAGAUAGAAAAUUUUCCUAGUGUAACACAACUAGAGAUUAGCACCCUUGCUUCACUGCCAAAGUUGUUAAGAUUUGAAUCCCACUUAGAUAAGUAUGCAUGCAGUACAACACAGACUCCCAUGCUUGUGCUUAAUUUCGUUUGUACAUGUAUAACUAUAACACACUCCCGCCUAGGUUACACAGUAGAAAUAUUAGGACGGUGACACAAAUUUUAGUUCAGAAGUACAUCUUUUCUCAUUAUAUCUAUUAUAAUGGCUUAGAGUGAAUUUUGUGACUGGAGAGUGAGGUCUAAGUGAAUUUUUUUUAUAUCCCUGUGGUAAAAAAAAAUUCAUUCAUAGCAUGUAUGAAAUAAAGUUUCACUGAUUGUUGUUCAUGAAAACUAUAAGUUUGAAAACCAUGUGUGGUUGUGUGUGGUAGGUGGGUUUUUUUUCCUGAGAAGUUUUACAUCCAUUUUGCUGUGAUAUCAUGUGUGCUUGUGUCUUCCUAUCACAUUUUAUGCAAAUCCAUUAAAUAAUUUUUUUUCAGUGACCAUUAUAAUAGUUUUAAAGCCCUGAUAUCCAAGAUCUGUGGGUCAGUGGUUAUUGCUUUCUUUUUAUAUUAAAUUUAUAUUUGGUUAUUAUGAAAAGUUAAAACAAGUUAAAAAUGAUAAAUUUUCUCACAAUUGAUAUUCAGCUAUAAUUACGCAUGUACAUAUUUUUUAAAGAGUUAAGGGCAAUAGAAAUGAAAGCACUGAAUAUUUUAUUAUUAUUUUUUUAAAAAGUUAUUUCACAUUUUUAAAGUUCAAAGGUCAAGUAAUAAUUUGAAGCUCAAUUUUGUAAUCUUCGAUUACUUAUUUUUAUUACUCACAUUUAGGGAACAUAUUAUGAUAUUAAACCUGGGAAUGGUCUAUAAUUUACUUAAUGUUCCAAUAUUACAAUGUAACUUCAAACACAUUGCUAAUCUCUAUUAAAGUUUCUUGUUAACAUA